AUGCUUCAACACAUAUCAACACCAAGUUCCGUUCUUGCAGGAUUCAUUUCUACCUUUGAUUAUAUUACAGUAACACAAUCGAGACUAAUUUUGACAGAUUCAUUCCUUUACCUUUUCGUUACGCUCACUAUUUUCGCAUCAUCACUUCUAUAUAGAAAACAAAAAUUAUCUUACAUGAUACUACAAGCAUUCUUUGCAGGAUGCGCUAUCUCAGUUAAAUUCACAGCUGGUGGCGUGCUUGCUUAUAUUGCAGCACAGCAUAUUUACUUUUUAUAUCGCCAAAAAGGUUUCUUUCUUAAAUUAGUCGGAAGAGGAAUAUUGAUUGCAACAAUUGCAUUUUCUGUACUCUUUGCAACAAUAUUUAUCCAUUUCAAACUCUUGACAAAACCAGGUUACGGAGAUUUGUAUUUUAAUUCAGAGUUUAAGACAUAUGGAUUCUUUAGAAAGGCAGUAACACUUAUCUAUUUGAUGAUCAAAUACAACAGAUCUGUUACAAGUGAUCAUCCAGCAGCAACAAGAUGGUAUCAGUGGCCAUUAUCGUUGUACGGAGCUCUUCCGCUUUGGAAUAAGGAUGGUAUUAUAGGAUUGAACUUAUAUAUCAAUCUUACUGCCACUGUUUUUGCUUUUUUGGGUGCUAUCACUGGAAUAUAUAAUUUAGAACUAGAAAGCAUAGGAUAUCUAUGCAGUUAUAUUCCAUUUAUAUUUAUUAAGCGUUCUACAUUUCUAUAUCACUAUGAAAUUCCAGUUAUUUUUGGAAUAUUUUGUAGUGCAAAAUUUAUUGAUGAUUUCAAUAAGGAAGACAGAGAUCUGACAGCCAAAGUAAUAUCCAUCACAGCUGCAUGUGUUUUCCUUCUAUUUGUUCCGAAUGUUUAUGGCAUUUACUCUCCAAUCACUCUGUAA